UUGUAUUUUAGGGUAGUGUCAUAUGCAGUACCUCCGCAAGAAAUUCUUUCCAAGGAUUCUGUCACAGUUUCCGUUGAUGCAGUCGUUUAUUUCCGUACUUCUGAUCCUAUCGCUUCUGUAAACAACGUGGAUGACGCCAUAUAUUCUACAAAAUUACUCGCUCAAACAACUUUACGUAAUGCUCUCGGAAUGAAAACUUUAACAGAAAUGUUGACGGAGCGAGAAGCUAUCGCACAACUUUGUGAGACAAUUUUAGACGAAGGGACCGAACAUUGGGGAGUCAAGGUUGAACGAGUGGAAGUAAAAGAUAUUAGAUUACCUCAACAGUUAACACGUGCAAUGGCUGCUGAAGCUGAAGCGGCACGUGAAGCUCGAGCAAAAGUGGUCGCAGCCGAAGGCGAACAAAAAGCUUCACGAGCACUUAAAGAAGCUGCAGACGUGAUUCAGUCUAAUCCAGUUGCAUUACAGUUACGCCAUCUACAAGCGUUGAAUAGUAUUGCAGCCGAGCACAAUUCAACAAUUGUAUUUCCUGUCCCAGUAGAAAUGUUUGGUGCAUUUAUGAAAAAAGACAAUUAA